AUGAGGCCUCAGCCAAGAAGGAAAAAAUGGAGCGAGGCGGAGGAAAGGAGCUUAAUCGACAAAUACGGCGAGAUGUCCCGCGACGGCACCUUAUCGAAGAUGAAAACCCGCGAGAAGAAAUACAAACCCAUCGCCGCCCACGUGAACGCCGGCCACCAUGCCCGGGACCCUUCCUCCUACCCUUGGCAAUGGACCUGGAAAGACGUCUCCACCAAAAUCCAGAACAUGAGGCACCAAUACUCCCUUGUGAAGCAGAAGAUCAAAAAACCGGGUGAUUCCGAGGAGUUCGACUGGCCGGACGGCACCACCCACUGGUCCAACUUCAUCCUCUACAAGGACGUGUUUGGCGAUGUCCCCCUCGUCUUUCCUUCCGAGCCCGAGCCCGAGCCCUAUAACAACGAGCUCUUGGUUGGGUCAGAUUUCGUUGAUUUGGAAUUUGAUUACGAGGAGGAGUAUAAUAAUAAUAAUAAUAAUAAAGAUAAAAACGAGGAGUUUACUGAGGAGCCAAACCAAACAAGGAAAAGGAAAAAGGGUUGGGAGUUCGUUUCAGCCCAGCUUGGCCGGCUGACUGAGUUGGAGGCCCGUCUGGAGAGGCGCGAGGUUGAGAGAGAAAGCGAGAGGCGGAGAAGAGUCAGAGAAAGGGAGGAGAUGGCGAGAGAGAGUGAGGAGAGAGAGAUGAUGAGGAGAGAGGAGGUUUUGGUGAGGGAGAGAGAGUGGGAAGAGAGAAUGGAGAGAAAGAGGGAAGAGUGGAAGAAGAGAAUGGAUGAGAUGUUGAGCAGGCAUCGGGCUGAAAUGGGCCAGAUGCAGGCCCGUUUGCUUCACGAACAGCAGACCUUAGUGGGCCAGUUUAUCGGGCUCGUGUCCCAGUGGGCCGGUGGGCUCACAGAUCACCACACAGCAGACCCUCGUGCCCCAGUUUACCUUUCGCAGAUGAUGGUCCAUGGUGAUGCCAGGGUCGAGGGAGAUAAUCAGGAAGAUCAGUUUAUUGUUGACGGUUGA